GAAAAAGAUAUUGAAUAUUGAAAGCUGGAAGAGGUGGCUUUUCGCAGCGCGCAAGAUGCUGUUCAACAGAGUUGCCACUUUUCGACUCCUGAGUCAGAUACGGAGUAUUCGCACCUCGACACAAUGUUUGACCGAACUCAAACUUACGUUUGCAUCAUCAGGCCAGGCUUUUUACAACAAUGUUGAAGUUAAACAGGUUGAUGUCCCUACUCUGAAUGGUCGUUUUGGUGUUUUGGCUGAACAUGUGCCCACAGUAGGUUGUCUGAAACCUGGCAUUGUUGCGGUUACUGAAACUGAUGGUAGUGUGAAGAAGUAUUUUGUCAGUAGUGGUAUUGUAACUGUCAAUAGCGACUCAACUAUUCAAGUUCUUGCCGAAGAAGCAGCCGCUCUUGACCAAUUAGACCUACAAGCUGUUAAAGAUGGAAUGUCCAGAGCACAAUCCGAGUUGUCGAGCGCUACUACAGAACUAGGAAAAACAGAAGCCCAAAUCGCUGUUGAAGCAUUCGAAGAAAUGUCCCGUGCUCUUCAGGAACAAAGUUAACGUGUAAUUUUCAUUUAAAUCCAGGUGUUUUAGUUCGAAUAGUUGUAGCUACAUAAUUGUAUAUUUUCUGAGUCUGUUGUUCUUGAGAGUUAAAAUACGUUCUGACUAG